GACGACCCAAGAGAUUUUAAGACGGCCCUACAGUUGAUGUUUUCCGUAGCCAUCUUGGCUCAAGUCCAUAGCCGUUUUGACCCAAGCAGUUUGGGCGUUUGGGCUUGACCAAUGAUUGCUGACCGUAUUUGUUCGUUUGGGUCGUGGGGUCCUGCCGCGCUGUUUGCCGCACUUGUAUUGGUCAGCGGAUGCUGGAGUGACAGCGCGGAGGAGGAGGACCCAGAGCAUGUCAAGCGAAGUGUGACCGACAAAUUUUGCUGCUUCGAUGACACCAAUGAUGCCUCAGCAAUUCCAGUUGGAACGGGCUGGGUUCUGACAGCAGACUAUGCGCUUUGCCCUUCUGCGCUGGCGGACCUUCGUUUCGUUGUUGGGGAGAGCUAUCGGCAGGGUGUGUGGGGCCACCUCUCGGGCUUUCCAGCGUUGGGUCUCCCAGCCAAUGUAGCUUUUCCGGCCUGCAGGAAUCUCCCCUUCGCUGGCCCUGCGGACGAUGACGAGAUCAGGGGGAUCACGAUCCCAGAGAGUUUGUGGCGCGGCAGAGAAGAGACCCUCACGGCUCUGUGCAACGGUGCUUUGGCUGCGUGCGCCGCGAAGGUCAUGGAGGCGGUGGAGAGUACCUCUGGCCCCUGGAAAGACUUGCAUGGCUUCGCGCUGGAGGCGAGAGAGGUGAAGACCCAUAACAUUCUCUUCAGCAACACGUACUACCUCCACGGGGCUCAACACCCAAUCCAUGUAGAUUUUGCCCAGUUCAACAUCAACGUACACUUGAAUGCGGGCUUGGAGGGCACUGGCACGGCCUUCUGGCACAGUUCCGACGGAAAGUGCCAGGAGCUGGUGCAGGAUACUUCGAAUUUGUCACAGUUUUGUGCGAAGAAGGUGCUCAGACUCCCAGAUGGCGAGUCUCGAGGCAUUCAUGGUAAUUAUUCGAGAUCGGUCACGUGGAUUCAGAAGAAGAAAGGGCGUCAUCUGGAAGUUGCGGGCCUGAUUGACCGAGAGGAUCUCACGGGGAACUUCAACCUGACCCAGUUGGUUUCCUAUAAGCAGAACCGUUUGGUGAUAUACAGUGGGCAUUUGUUUCAUUCCCACAGCGUGCGACCAGAGGAGAUGGAGCGCCUUACAGAGGAUCCCAGGAAGGGCCGCCUCAUGCUGAUGCAGUUUCGAGCAUCUCCUCUGUUGAAGGCUUCCUUGAAGGCUGCUGGCAUCCCUGUGCCCGACACAGAGGAAGACGGACCUGAGGAGGCAGCACAACCAGAGGAACUCUGAGAAGUCAAAGCAUAGCAGAAGCAGAGACCGCAGCAGAAGCAUUCGGUCUUCGUGCCUCCUGGCGUGCAGUGCUCGUGCAGCCGUGGCACCGUGCACCCGCCGACAUGGCUGGGCUCGGGCCGGAAGUGGGAGGCACGCGGCCGAGCCGAUCCGAUAGGAUGAUCCAUAGGCUUACGCCACAUCCGCCGACGAGGCGCUCGGGCUCGCUUUGGGGGCCUGUCGGCGCGUCUUCGGGGCCUCCUGUGUCCAUCUGGUGGCAUCAUGUUGCGCUCCUGGUUUGUGGUGCCAGGCUCGCUCCUUUUUUGAGCUCAGGCUCCACUGCCGCUCGAUUCGAGCACUGGGGGCAGGACGCAGUGCAAGGCCGCCCCUGAGAAAGACAGGGACGAACAACAAGACCAGAGUGCGACGGCGCACACUGAUCAGACUCUUGCAGGCGACGGCGCCACGCAGGAGUGCACUAGUCAGAGGAAUCCCCGUUUGAAGACUCCAAUCUGACUAGAUGUUGCAUGUCAUCCUCUUGACGACGUGCAUCCACAACAGCACACAAAGGAAGACGCGCUAGAAGCGCUCCCCCUCGG